AUGGGACCGAAUGACAUCCCAUGCAAGUCUCAAUUUACACGGCGAGAUCUCCAUCUCCUGAGCCAGUCAUCCACAAAGUCGCCGUUGCGCGUCAUUGCCUUGAUUGACUUUGACUGUUUCUACGCACAGUGCGAGGGUGUGAGGCUAGGACUUCCCGCGGACCAGCCUCUGGGGGUCCAGCAGUUUCUCCACGUCAUUGCCAUCAACUACCCAGCUCGAGCCGCCGGCCUGAAGAAGGUGGUCACAGCAGUGGAAGCGCGAGAGAAGUGUCCGAAUAUUGUGCUCCAGCAUGUACCUACAUGGAGGGAAGGCGAUACCAAUUGGCGGUACCGGGAUGAUGUUCUUCAGCACAUGGCCACCGACAAGUCCUCACUUGAUUACUAUCGUCUUCAGUCUCGGAAGGCAAUUGAACUCGUGAAGGAGGCACUCCCCACGGCUUCGCGAAGGAUAGAAAAGGCAGGGAUUGAUGAGGUCUUCAUAGACUUGUCAGGCCCUGUCUACGACGUUCUUGUGCAGCGAUUUCCCGACCUUUUGGCUUGCGAAUCGGAUCUGCCAAACCCUUCCAACAUCGUCCUUGAUUGGGAGGAUGAUCAACUUGUACCCUGCGAACCUGAGGUGGAAAGCAAACGAAAUCAUGAAGCUCUAGAUUGGCACAUCAUUGCCCUCAAUGUCGGGUCCGAGAUUGUGCGAGAUAUCCGGAGGAAGAUAAUGAGUGGUCUAAAUUACACCAGCUCCGCAGGUAUCGCGCACAACAAGGUUCUUGCAAAACUCGCGGCUGGCCAUAACAAGCCAAACAAGCAGACCAUCGUCCGCAAGUGCAGUACCAGCUCAUUCCUCUCUGGCUAUAAAAUCACAAAGCUUCGUGGAUUAGGCGGGAAACUUGGACGUCAAGUCGUUACGAUAUAUGGUUUGGAAACCAUCUCAGAUCUACUGCAAUUCCCGCUCAAAGAGAUGCAAUCAAAGCUUGGGUCACAGUCUGGAAAAUGGGUGUAUCAAGCCAUCCGAGGGCUCGAGGAUAGUGAGGUCGUCCAGAGAACGGAGAUCAAAAGUAUGCUCUCGGCGAAGACGUUCAGCCCCAGUAUCGCUGGUCCCCAGCAGGCCGAGCGAUGGCUGCGCAUCUUUGCAGCCGAUAUUGUAGGCCGCCUGGAAGACGAGGAAGGACGCCGUCCCACGACGGUGGCAGUGCACCAUCACAUCCGAGGCCGAUUUGGACCCACGCGCUCCAAGCAGACACCAAUCCCGGCGGGUACGAAUAUAGAUGCGGAGUGUCUUUACAAGCUGUCCAAGGAACUACUGGGGAAGAUCUCAGAAGAGGGACCGAGCUGGCCGUGUUUGACGCUCUCGGUGGGCGUUUCUCACUUCCGCGACACGGGAAAGUCAAGUCAGCUCAUCUCCGGCUUCACCGUGCCACUCUCAGCGAAGCCGUCCUCUGAUAGACCUCUCCAAACCAUCUCCAGCUCGUUGAAGAGAUCAUCUGACGAGCCACUGCCAGAUGAGAGAUCAAAGAAGCCCACGAUUCUCGACUUCCAUGGUUUCUCACAUUCACCCACCAAGUCCGCCAGGGCGUCGAGCAGUCGGGACGGCAGUGGAGUACAAACAAGUUCCGACAAUAUCACAUCUUCCCAGCAUCGGCUCAGGUCUGCUAAAGAACAAGUCGACAGGGAGCCAUCAGAACUCAACUCGCUGGACAAGGAAGGGAUAUAUCGCUGCCCUCACUGCUCUGAGGAAGUACCCGCUCAAACAGUGCUCGAGCACCUGGAUUGGCAUGUUGCACUCGAUUUGCACGAUCAGACAUAA